AUGGUCAACGACGUCGACAAGAGCUUGCUAGAUCGCCUACAGGCACUGCGGGGUGGCCCGGGUGGCAGUCAACCAUCGCAAGCGCCUCAGAGCAUAAAAGUUGAUGUGAUUGAGAGGCUCAAAACACCAUCUAGAGAGGAUGCCCUGGCCGCGCGGCUCCGAUCUCUGCGCGAAGGCUCGGCCACGCCGGAGCCCGAGGGGCAACGACCAUCACCAAAACCCGCUGCGCAGCGAGCGCCUGGCCCCUCAAUAAAGCAGGCACCUAUAGCUCUUGAUGCCUCCGAUGAGCGCAGUCAUCAGGAACAGAACAUAGAUAACGUUUUUGAAACCGACGACGAUACCUUGCAGGAGCUCUUAGCCGACGUCUCGUUGGACGAGGAUCUGGGUGCCGCCCCAGGCGCGUAUGAGCCGAGCGAGGAGCAGGUCAAGGCACUGCUGGAACAGCUCGCCAAUGAUAUUCCCAAGGACACAAACGCGCCAUCCGAGCGUCGAAACGGUAGCGACGAUGAGCCCGACUCGGACGACUCGGACGGCGAGGCCAUGAAGCGCAAGGUCAAGGACGUCAUGGAGAGGUACCAAGAUGAAGCGGAGCUUGAAGCAGCGCAGCGUGAGGAAAAUGGCUCAGACGCGGAGGACUUUCAGGAACCUCACGACGAGGCGACGCACGACGCGGACGCCGCCGCCCUGGGACUACCCUCUGUCCCUUCUGACCUGCAGCACCUCGCAUCGUCCCCGCCACAGGGCGGCUACAAGCCCGGACUGGACGACAUGACCGCGCGCCUUGCCGCCCUGCGCGCCCCAAGCCACAACACGGACGGCGGCGGAGAUGACGACGACGAUGCCUCGCUCGCCUUGCCGUCAGUGCCGACCUCGCGCCCGUCAGCAAAGGGGCCGCAGCCGCGGCUCCAGACGCGGACAAAGUACACGGACGACGACACGGACGGCUGGUGCAUCGUGUGCCUCGAAGACGCAACGCUGCGGUGCCUGGGCUGCGAGGACGAAAACGUCUACUGCGCGCGGUGCUGGCGAGAGAUGCACGUCGGUCCUGCGGCGGCCUUUGACGACCACAGCCACCGCGCCGUCCAGUUUGCGAGGGACAAGAAGAAAAAUAAACCGCGCAAGGUUGCAUUGGGGGCGUAG